AUGAGCCUAUUAAGGCCUGAGAUGAUAGCUGAAACUACUGAGCAAAUAAAGAAGAUUCGUAGCCGAAUGCUUAUAGCCCAAAGCCGUCAGAAAAUUUAUGCUGAUCAAAGGCGAAAGUCUUUGAAGUUUGAAGAAGGGGAGCAUGUCUUUCUGAAGGUUACACCAAAUACCAGAGUGGGAAGAGCUAUUAAGACUAAGAAACUGAAUCCCCCUUAUAUUGGACCAUUUGAGAUCCUGAAAAGAAUUAGGCCGGUGGCUUAUAGGAUUGCCUUACCGCCAUAUCUUUCGAACUUGCAUGACGUGUUUCAUGUGUCACAGCUUCGGAAGUAUACUCCUGACGUAAGUCAUGUUUUGGAACUAGAACCGAUUCAAGUGAGAGAAGAUCUAACACUUCCAGUAAUUUCGGUGAGAAUUGAUGACACCAGCGUUAAACAAUUACGCGGGAAGGAAGUAUCAUUGGUAAAAGUAGCUUGGAGUUGA